AUGAAAUUUCCAAUCGAGACUCCAAGGAAACAGGUGAACUGGGAUCCUCAAGUGACUGUUCCGGCAGCUGUCCCCUCGCCUUGUGAGCCUGAGGCCAACAAGAACAAGGCGCACCAGCCAGGGCCACGGCUCUCUAUUUCCUCCCCCCGGACAACUGUGAUCGCCAGCAUGGAAGCCCCAUCGCAGGGUUUGCAGACGGUCAUGAAGUGGAAAACAGUGGUGGCCAUCUUCUUUGUGGUUGUGGCCUACCUGGUCACGGGGGGACUUGUGUUCCGUGCCCUGGAGCAGCCCGAAGAAAGCAGGCAGAAGAACAGAACAGCCAAUGAUAAGGCAGAUUUCCUUCUGGAGAACAAAUGUGUAUCCCAACAGGAGUUGGAGGAAUUGAUUAAGCGGCUCAUUAAUGCUACCAAUGCAGGAGUCAAUCCUGUUGGAGAUCCUUCUAACAGCAGCAGCCACUGGGACCUCGGAAGUGCCUUUUUCUUUGCUGGAACCGUCAUCACGACGAUAGGGUAUGGAAACAUUGCUCCAAGCACAGAAGGUGGAAAGAUUUUCUGUAUUUUGUAUGCUAUCUUUGGGAUUCCACUCUUUGGCUUUCUGCUUGCCGGCAUUGGCGACCAGCUCGGAACCAUCUUUGGGAAGGGCAUCGCACGAGUGGAAAAGGUUUUUCGAAAGAAGCAAGUGAGUCAAACAAAGAUCCGGGUGAUCUCCACAAUCCUCUUCAUCCUGGCCGGUUGUGUCGUCUUUGUCACUAUUCCUGCCGUCUGUUUCAAAUAUAUUGAAGAGUGGUCAGCCUUGGACUCCUUUUACUUUGUGGUUGUCACUCUGACCACAGUUGGCUUUGGCGAUUUUGUGGCAGGAGGAAAUGCUGAAAUUCCUUACCGGGAGUGGUACAAGCCCUUAGUAUGGUUCUGGAUCCUUGUGGGUCUUGCAUAUUUUGCUGCUGUCCUCAGUAUGAUCGGAGACUGGUUACGAGUUCUUUCAAAGAAGACUAAAGAGGAGGUUGGUGAAAUAAAAGCCCAUGCAGCUGAAUGGAAAGCCAACGUGACUGCAGAGUUCAGGGAAACACGGCGGCGGCUGAGUGUGGAGAUCCAUGACAAGCUCCAGAGGGCAGCCACCAUUCGGAGCAUGGAGCGCAGGCGCCUGGGGCUGGACCAGAGAGCUCACUCACUGGAUAUGCUCUCUCCAGAGAAACGUUGUGUCUUUGCUGCCUUGGACAGUGGCCACUUCAAGGCUUCAUCUCAGGAAAGCAUCAACAACAGGCCUAACAACCUGCGCCUUAAAGGGUCCGAGCAGCUGAGCAAGCAUGGGCAGGGGGCGUCCGAGGACAACAUCAUCAACAAGUUUGGCUCUUCAUCCAAGCUGACCAAGAGGAAAAACAAAGACCUGAAAAAGAGCAUCCCGGAAGAUGUACGCAAAAUAUAUGAGACCUUCCGGAGCUACUCCUUGGAUGAGGAGAAGAAAGAGGAAGAUUCAGAGAAAGUGUGUCACUCAGAGCAUUCCAGUACUGCCGCCCUCACCAAUUGUAUUGAGCAGCACUUGGACCUAGAGAAUGGUAUGAUCCCCAGUGAAACCAAAGAAAGGGAACAUGAAAACAAAUCAUUACUUGAAGACAGAAAUUAAAUGUAACAAAACAAAACACUGACUCUAAUGAACCAAUGUUUGUCUUUUAUAUAUGUACAAGAUAUAUAUAGAAAGAUAGAUAUAUGUAUCAAGACAUGUGCCUUAUACAGACUCCUAAUUCAGUCUGAAUUCCAUAACAUCCUAGAAUAUUUCACUGUGCCAUAAUGAUGGAAGUUUGCUCUGCCAAAAGAAAUCGUGAAUAUGACACUGGAAAAUGGCAUCUGAAGGUGGAAUAUUGACAAUGUCAGCCUACAUAUGCUAACCAUGGGGGAACUUCAAAGUGCUUUGGUGAUACAGCUGGAAAGGUGAACACCACGGUGGGAGUGUGUGGGAGCAAAGACAGACCAUUUUGGGAAGUGAGGAAAGAAGGCCUCUGUUUAUCUUUUCAGUGGAUCACAAGUUCAUUGCUUCUCUCACUGCUGAAUUUGUUUUAUUUUAUCAAAAGGCAAAAUAAUGGGGUGAACACUCAAGUUUAAAAUAAGGCAGUGCUUAUGAUUUGGCAUCGGAUGCAAAUACAAUUGUUCUCCCAUUUUGUAUUUU